AUGAGAGAACUUAUAGGCAUCGUUAAAGACAAAAUCUCGCUUUCAAAGCUUGCUCUUCUCUCCAAACCCCAAACCUUAUCUCUCCACGUCGCCGUCCUCCGCACCACAUCCCACUCACCAUCAACUCCUCCCAAUGACCACCACCUCGCCGCCCUCCUUUCUCUUGGAGACAGCUCACGCGCCACCGCUUCCAUCAUUAUCCACUCCAUAAUGAACCGCCUCCACCGCACCAACGACUCCUACGUCGCCCUCAAGUGUCUACUCACCAUCCACCACAUCAUCAAACGCGGCCCUUUUAUUCUCAAAGAUCAGCUCUCCGUUUUCUCCUCUGCCGGCGGCCGUAACAAUCUCAAACUCUCCGGUUUUCGCGACGGCGCGUCGGCUACCACGUGGGUUCUCUCCGCUUGGGUCCGGUGGUAUGCUCGAUACCUCGAAACGUUACUUUCCACGUCGAAAAGCCUCGGUUUUGUUGUAUGUUCGUCUUCUUAUUCGGUGUUAGAGAGAGAAAAACAACAAGAUUCGAUCUCAUCUUACAUGAACUCGGAUUUAAUCAGAGACUUUUGCUCGUUGGUGAGUUUGAUCGAAGAAAUCUGCAAAGUACCCGAUAAUCUUCUCGUAGAACGAGACAAGUUGUUGCACAGUGUCAUGGAGCUUCUGGCUAACGAUUACCUGUCGUCGGUGAACGAGAUCCUACUUCGACUCAGUGAGUUUAAAGAAAGGCUUGGUCUUCUGAGUUUCAACGAGUCGGUCGAGUUGGCUUCUGGUUUGGACAGAUUAACAGCUUGCAAAGAUAAAUCAUUACAACUAUUUUCAAUUAGAAAACCGUCAGUUGAGACCCUUUGGGAAAUGAUCGAAGAAUUGAAUAAUAAAUUUGGAUUUGUAAAGUUACAGAAAUUGAGGAGGGAUAGUGGAAGUGAGUCAGCUCGGUUCGGAGACCGAGUUUUAGUGACUCGUGAUCCCAUGAAGUUCUCAUCUGGUCGAUUGAGAUUGAACUAUGGUGGUUGA